AUCUAUUAUUACCUCCCGCAAUUACACACACCCUGUCUAUGCACAGGAGUACAACCAACUCAACGCAGCAACAUACACCGAUCACAGUUAUGGAAUCGGAUGCGGAGGUUGCAGUAGAGAAGGCUUUGGGUUUAGCCUCAGUGGCAGCUGCUUCCGCUACUUCGAAUGUUGUUGAUGUGGCUGAUGGUCUUUCAAAUGCAGAGUAUCGCAAGCUCAUCUGGAAACUAGACGUUCAUCUUCUACCGCCGCUAUUUGUACUAUGGUUCAUUUCAUUAAUUGAUCGAGUAAACAUUGGAACUGCGAGGAUCCAAGGCCUUGAGAAGGAUCUUGGCAUGAACCCUCUGACCAAUCAAUUUAACAUUGCAACUGUCGUGGUUUUUAUUGGACUUAUGCUCGCAGAGGUUCCAAGCAAUUGGCUGGUUAAACGAUUUAAACCGGCAACCGUGCUCUGUGGCGAAUGCAUCAUUCUCGGGAUCUUCACAAUCUGUCAAGGACUGCUUCACAACUUUGCUGGACUCGUUGGAAUACGUCUUGUCAUUGGGAUCUUAGAAGCGGGACUUAUUCCUGGUUCCAUCUUUCUGCUGUCAGCAUAUUAUCCACGAUAUGAGUUACAGUGGCGUGUAAGUAUGCUCCAUGUUGGCAAUGCAAUCUCAAAUGCCUUUGGUGGGCUUCUGGCGUUCGCAGUAGCAAGCAUCCACUCCUCCAAUGGAUGGAGUGGGUGGAGAUGGAUCUUCAUUAUUGAGGGUUUGAUCACAAUAUUCCUUACACUGGUUUGUUGGCCGUUUAUAAAUAACUGGCCAGCCACGGCAAAAUGGCUCAAACCCUACGAAAAAGCUGUUCUCGAAGAACGAAUCCGAGUAGAUGGUAUCAUUGGCCGAAUGGAUGUCUUGAACAGGAAAUCUGUGAUCAGAUGUGUCACGGACUGGAAAGUUUAUUUGAGUGCAUGUAUAAUUAUCGGCAUUAUUUCCAGCGUGUACUCGUGCACUUUGUUCGCUCCCACCAUUGUCCAGGUUCUCAAGCCGACAUAUACGCCUCGGCAAAUUCAAUCUCUAGUGAUCCCAAUUUUCAUCGCAGCGUCAAUUAGCACUUUAUUAUUUGCGUAUAUCUCUGAUAAACUGAAGCAUCGCGCAGGUAUUGCAUUUUCUGGCUGCGUUAUUGCCAUCACUGGCUACAUCAUCCUCCUCAACCAAGAACAUGUCUCGGUAAACGCUCGAUAUGGCGCUUUAUAUCUAAUUGCUUCUGGAUCUUUCGCUGCUUUACCUGGUGCAUGGAUCCUGCUUUUGAACAAUGUCUCGGGAUCCUAUAAGACUGCUUUUGCUAUGGGCAUGGAGAUCGGUCUGGGUAAUGGUGGUGGCUUCGUUGCUUCGCUGUCGUUUCAAUCCAAAGAUGCUCCGUUCUACUGGUCUGGGUUCAGGACUACCUUUUCGCUGAUGUGCAUGUCAGUGGGGUUGAUCUUCAUUUAUGUCGCUGGGCUUUGGUAUGAGAACAAGCAAAAGCGCGCAGGAAACAGAAACGCUCUCCUUACCGAGGAGGGCGAUAAUUUGGGAGAUGCCCAUCCUAAAUUUAUUUAUACAUACUAAAGGGGCUAACUAUACGGGACGGCCGGCCAAUGUUUUUGUUGUCCAACAGCGCUGGAGUCGUCAUAUUUAAAUUCUUCCUUUUUCAGUAUUACUUUCAUUACGAUAAGAAUAUAUAUAAUGUGUUAGGGUCUUGGCAUUGUUAGAAUUGGGCUUGGAAUGCAAAC